CUUGUAAGCGUCUUGGUGUUCUUAUCAUGUGGGACUCGCCCGCGUGGUUGGUGUCAGCCAUCACUGAUGGAUCUUUCAUGAUGCUGCCACAAUUUCCGCCACAUUUUCAAAGAAAUUGCCGGAGGCAGGUUGUUUGCUUUCUUUCUCGAAUGGUUUGCAUUUAAUUUACUGUUCUGCUAUGGCUGUUCUGCUCAUUUGAUCAGCGCAUUUCAUCAGCGCAAAGCUCCUCCCACUGUUGUUCGUUUGACAUGACGACCGAAGAUAGAAUCGACUCGGAUUCGUAUUGGUAUGUUCCUCCUGCUGUGAACAAGGCACCUCCUGGAGCUCGGCAUGGAAGAUCUGGCGUGUACUAUGGAGGCUCUUGGCUGGAUAUCGAAGAUUGUGAUGGGGCGUUCAAUAUUACCGACGACAAGUGUUCUGGAUGCCCUUCCAAUACACCCCCAAAACCCUGUCCACGCAGUCGAAGUAGACCCAAAGAGGAAACCAGUGCAAUCGAAAACGACGAUACCUAUGAUGUCUUAAUUAUCGGUGCAGGUUGUAUUGGGGCUGCUAUUGCAAGAGAAAUAUCCAAGUAUUCCCUCAAAACCUUGUGGUUGGAAGCUGCCGACGACGUGAGUCAGGGAGCCACCAAGGGAAACUCUGGGAUUGUUCAUGCUGGGUACGAUGACACUCCUGGAGGCAACCAUGCCAAGUACUGCUGGCCUGGAAACCAAAUGUUUGCACAACUGGACCGAGAAUUGCGUUUUGGAUAUCAAAUCAACGGUUCCUUGGUGGUGGCCUUCAACGAUGAUGAUAUGGCGCAUUUGAAGGAGCUGAAGAAACGAGGAGAGACAAAUGGAGUCCAGAAUUUGAGGAUUGUAGACCAAACAGAACUGCGAAAGAUGGAACCCCAUAUCAAUGAGGAGGCUAUUGCUGCUUUGUAUUCUCCGGAUGCUGGAAAUGUGAUCCCCUAUGAAUUUGCCAUUGCCUUGGCUGAAAACGCCGUGGAUAAUGGUGUGGAACUUCGAAUUCGAAGAGAGGUCCAAUCGAUUGUUCAUGGGACGCCCGAGGAUGCCAAUGGCAGCGAAGAUGGCACUGUGUUUACUAUUACCGUGCGUCACUGGGAACCGCAAGACUUUGUCAAUUCUCUAGCGCCAGCGUUCACCAUUCCACCUCUUCGGUGGCCCGUUGUGGGUGCCUUCGCAUUGAUUGGAAUUUCUCUGCUGGUCUGGUUAACCACCGUUUCGGAUCACGAGCCUGGUUCUUCGCUGUCUCUAAUGAUCGCAGGGGCCUCUGCAGUGUGUGGAAUUAUCGCCGCCGUCGGGUCCUACCAGUUGUCGGGUGAAGAGACACAGAGCACUGCGAAUAAAAUCAAUCUACCCAACAACUCUGCCCGAAAAAACGUCCCGUUUGUGCAAAUGGUCGAAGAAGCUGGAGCUCCACUUGGCACGGGAAAAGACGGCAAGGUCGAGACCGCGGAUAUGCUCGUAGGUGGAUCGGGAUCCAGCAGAAUCCAACAGGGUGUCACGGUAGACAUGGAAACUGUACGGGCCAAGUACAUUGUCAACUGUGCGGGAGGUGCCUCGGAUCAGAUUGCCGGCAUGAUCGGCGACAACUCAUUCAAAAUCAAACCCAGGCUGGGAGACUACCUUCUCCUGCACCGCAAUCAGGGUCGCCUUGCAAAGCAUACACUGUUUCCUUGCCCCGAUCCAAUCCUCGGGAAGGGAGUCUUGGUCCAGACCACACUCUGGGGCAACCUGAUCCUAGGUCCGACGGCCAGGGACAUUUACAAGCCAGAAGCCCUCAACAUGACCGAUCGCGAGGUACAAGAAUACAUUCUUUCCAAAUGCAAACGCCUGGUACCAGGCUUCGACCCCAAAGAAACCAUUCACGCUUUCUGUGGCGCUCGUGCCAAGAGCGAUCGGGGAGAUUGGAUCAUAGAGACCAGUGCCAAGAACCCAAACAUGGUACACGUGGCUGGCAUUGACAGUCCAGGUCUAGCCGGGUCACCAGCAAUUGCAUUGGAGGUCAUCCGUCUGUUGAAAGAACAAGCAGCUUCUACUGGCAAAGAGUUCAAACCCAAUCUCACCUUCAAUCCACAUCGUGCCCCAAUCAUCAAGCCCAAAGAGGGAAUGAAAGGACUCAAGAUGGGGCCAGUUGGUAAGAACGAUUCAGGCAAUGGUACUGACGAAGAAAAAAUGGCAGCCAACGUGGUGUGUAAGUGCGAACGUGUGACCGAGUUGGAAGUUGUGCGGGCCAUGCGCCGUUCCUUGCCCAUCGACUCGUCCCAAGCCAUUCGAAAGCGCACCCGUGCGGGAAUGGGCCACUGCCAGGGGGACAAGGACAAUUACAACUGCGAAGGUCGAGUUCGAGCAAUCAUUGCACGUGAACUUGGAAACGUUCCUCUGGUCCAGGUGGGUGGUCGUCCCUGGCCUGCAACUUCAACAUUGACUCAACGUUGGAUCGAUGACACUGAGAAGAGAGAGCUGGAAGCCAGAAAGCAAGCAGCAUGACACGGGCAGCAGUGCUGCAUGUUGUACUAUCUAGUCCAGUCACUUUUCUAGAAUCGUGUAAAGUUUGCAACUCGCUCCUUUGCAGAAUCCUUUCCCUCGCUCAGGACACUACCAGUAGUCUGCAAUGGAACACAAGACCAUAUGACGCAGAAUGAAGUGUAGAUUGUCAUCCCCAUCAUGGCAAGUUAAAGGUCUUGCCGCAGUUGCUAGCACACUUCAUUGCGGUAGGCAUAGUCGAAUGGGGAAGCAUAGCAGGCAUGAUGCACCCCCAGACAAGCACAUGGAUUCGGCAGAACCACUCAGGUUUCGAGAAGACUCAUACAUUUGCAAUGCUAGAUUGCCGAAUCUGACUGUCACUCCACCUUCUAGCUAGUCACCAAAUGCAUUAUGGACCGUUCGUUGCACCAUCCUCAUGGCUGGUGAUCAAUGCUCCAGUUAGCGGUUGCGAGCGAUGAUAUGAUGCAGGACCGGGUGAUUAAACUGGAUGACGAUGACGAC